AUGCCCAAUGAAGAGGACAUCAUCGAGUCGGUGGAGGAUGAUGAUGAGGGUGAGGGGGAAAAUGAAGACGAGGACCAGUCCUGGGUGCUCGAUUCGUUGGUCGGUUUCCUCAAGAGUCCACUCUGGUCCUCGUCGCUGAACAACUUCGUCGAUCAGAUGUCUGUUGUCUUCGAACCGGACGACAUCGAGGACAACGAGGGCAACGUCGAACACCGCCCUGAAUACGAAUCGGUCUUCAAGCAGUACCGCGCCCUAGUCGAUCAGCUGAUCACCUCGCACAUGACCGAGCUGGGCAUCAGCGAGGCGCAGUUCGCCAGCGCCUGCGAGAUGGCCGAGGGCGUCCUCGCGAGCAAGCUGAAGAGCGUCCUCUUCGAGGAGCUGUGGGCGGCGGAGAACUUCGAGGUUUUCGUCCGGCUGAUGUCCCGCCGGAAUGUGGAGCUGCAGUUGGAGGCACUGGACACGCUGGCGCAGCAGUACGGCCUGGUGUACGACGUCUUCGUGCCGAUUGGCACCUCGGCGAAGCACUUCCUCAGCGAGGAGCACGUCAUGAGGGAGGCGAUUCUAAGAUCGCUGGACGACAUGGAGCAGGGUAAUGAGCAGGGCGAAGGAGAGGAGGAUGCUCGUCGAACGGAGUCGUUGCUUUCGAGACGAUUUAGCAAGCUGAAAAGUAAUGAUAAGUCGAAUGCUGCUGCUGCUGCUGAUAAGCAGGCACCUAGCUCAGAAGCUGCUGCUGAAAAAUCUGGCGAAACUUCGG